AUGUCAGACGACGGUAAUGACAUUGAUGCUUUGGAGCAGAUAUUUGAAGAUUUGGAAGGAGAAACUGAAGAAGUAAACUUACAAACAGGAAAUAGUGGUCCAGAUGAACUUAAUAUUGAACCUCUCGCAGUAGAAGUGGAGCCUGUGGGCCCUGUGGUCACUGCAGGACCAAGCACUUCUCAGGCAUUUUCUGAAGAUAACUGUCUUUCAGAGGCAUGUAAAUUGGAUAAGUGCUUCCUGAGUUUCAAUGGUCAUCCUCUGGCAAAACCUGCUAGCCAAGCUGCAUUAGUCUCACAAUAUUGUGUUGUGAGCACAUCUCUUCCAUUUUUUAUAAGAAAAUGUACAGCAAGAUUUUUACUCAGACGACAGCAGAAAGAAACGGCCUAUGAUCACAUUCUAGAAGACCACCAUAGUGAUUCUGAUACCAAACAGGAGAAAAAUGGCUCAGAUGAACCAAACUUUAAAAACAAUGAAGAACAUGGCCAACCAAUGCACAAAAUAUUGAAACGAAACGUAGGAAAAAGAAAAAAUAGACAGGUUUUAAGAAAUAUGGGUAAAGGAUAUGAAACAAACAAUGAAAACACAAUAAAAGUUAGGCAGUAA